ACUGUAAUCCGAUCAAUAGGUAGGUAGCCGAUAGCGAAGUCGUGUCGCACGGAGUCAGAAGUACAGAAUAUUAUUAUCGGUCAGAAGUGUACUGUAGUGUACUUUGGUUGUGUGUUGGUUAGCGCUCGGCGGUUUCAAGAAUGGCUCUAUUCAGGAUCACAGCUUCUAAAUUGAUUGAAAUACAGAAAGCAUGCCCGACGGCAUCUAUCCUGCUGAGAGGUCUCAGUGCGGAGCAGACCAAUCUGAAGAGCAUCCUCCAAGAAAAGAUCCCAAAAGAGCAAGAAAAGAUCCGCGAGUUCCGCAAGAAACAUGGAUCUACCAAAGUCGGUGAAGUCACAGUGGACAUGAUGUACGGUGGCAUGCGUGGCAUCAAAGGCUUGGUUUGGGAAACUUCAGUCUUAGACCCCGACGAGGGCAUCCGUUUCCGUGGACUCUCUAUACCCGAGUGCCAACAGCAGCUACCCAAAGCCAAGGGGGGGCAGGAGCCCUUGCCAGAAGGUCUCUUCUGGCUCCUUGUAACAGGCGACAUUCCCACCGAAGCACAGGCUAAAGCUCUAUCUAAAGAAUGGGCACAGAGGGCUGAACUCCCGGCCCACGUGGUAACAAUGCUAAACAACAUGCCCAGCAAACUGCACCCCAUGUCGCAAUUCUCGGCCGCAGUGACAGCCCUAAACAGCGAGUCCAAGUUCGCACAGGCCUACAGCGAGGGUGUACACAAGUCCAAAUACUGGGAGUAUGUUUACGAAGACACAAUGAAUCUAAUCGCCAAACUACCAGUGGUAGCUGCAACUAUUUACCGCAACACAUACCGCGAUGGCAAAGGAAUCGGUGCCAUUGAUGACAGCAAGGACUGGUCCGCCAACUACUGCACUAUGCUCGGUUUCGAAGACCCGCAGUUCACGGAACUCAUGAGGCUGUACCUUACUAUUCACAGCGACCACGAGGGUGGCAACGUGUCAGCGCACACCACCCACUUGGUUGGCUCAGCCCUCAGCGACCCUUACCUGUCGUUCGCUGCUGGACUCAAUGGCUUGGCUGGACCUCUGCACGGAUUGGCUAACCAGGAGGUGCUGAUCUGGUUGGAGAAACUCCGCAAGCAAGUUGGCGACAACUUUACAGAGGAUGGCCUCAAAGAGUUCAUCUGGAAGACGCUCAAGUCUGGCCAGGUUGUGCCCGGAUACGGCCACGCUGUGCUGAGGAAGACUGACCCCAGGUACACUUGUCAACGCGAGUUCGCGCUGAAGCACCUGCCCAACGACCCGAUGUUCAAGCUGGUGGCAGCGGUGUACAAGGUUGUGCCUCCAAUCCUGACCGAACUCGGCAAGGUGAAGAACCCGUGGCCCAAUGUGGACUCGCACUCCGGCGUCCUCUUACAGUAUUACGGUCUGAAGGAGAUGAACUACUACACAGUGAUGUUCGGCGUGUCGCGCGCGCUCGGCGUGCUCGCCCAGCUGAUCUGGUCGCGCGCGCUCGGCCUUCCCAUUGAACGCCCCAAGUCGCUCAGCACUGACAUCCUCAUCAAGCAGCUCGGCAAGUAAACGACAUUCGAUAGGCGAUCUACCGUCACUGCCAGCCCAACGCCGCACCACAUCACUGCCUUGUGAGCUAUAGAAUAAAACCGGUCGGUUCUGUAUCAUCGUACAAAAAAUAACAUAUUUUUUCCUAUCUGGAUUCUGGAUUUUUCCCUUUGUGCUAUAAGACCUACUUGCCAAAUUUUAUGAUCCUAGAUCAAAGGGAAGUACCGUAUGGUUUUCUUGACGACUCGAGGUUUUUCUUUUGAGGCACGGAACCCUAAAAAAUAGAAUACCUCUGCGAUUGCUAAGGAACUUUGUUUGUUUUCCCUCACCAUUUUACUACCGGACCGCGAGGCAUCGUAAAGGUCUGCACCCCUUCAUAGCUGGAAUUCUUCGAAAGUAUCAAAGCGAUUCGCCUCCGUGUUUCUAAUACGCACUGCCAGAAUAAUAUGGAAUGGGUUAUUAGACAUCGUUCUGUGUUCACAAAACAGUAAUGUGCCUGCGGCUUUAUACUAUAGCUGACUACAUAUUAUAUUAUAGUUAAUACGUCUAUGAACAUAGGCUUUUUGACUAGGACUCAGAUUCUCUAUGACAUUAUGAUUGUACCCUGAGCAAAUCUUGAUUUUUGGCAUUAAUUUUGAUGACAAAUUAGCGACGCAACAUUCUAUUCGCACGAUUUACGGAUAAAAUUAAUCUAUCUCUUUCGAUAGAUUACUUAAUAACGUUAUUUUUACAAAAAUCACUGACCUUAAUACAAGUACACUGGACCUGUGAUUGUCGACCUGUUUUUGAAGCAUCUCGAUUUUUGCAAUUUUGGCGCUGAGAAGAGCCUAAAAAUGGCCAAAGAAAGCGAUAAUAUGUUAAAUGUAUUUGUUAAGUGGCUAUAGAAUUUUUUGUAAAAGUUCCAGCCUACAAUCAAAUGAAUAGCUUCGAAUCAGUACAAAAAUAACUGUGAUUUUGUAUGCCACACCUCUUCCAGUGUACUUGUAUAUGUCCAUUUCUGAAUCAAAAAUUGUACAUGAUCAUUUAAAAUAUCAACAUUUCAGAUUGAUUAUUAAUUUUGGACGUUCUGUAUCUUUUGAUUUAUUUGUACAUACCGUAUAAUUCGUUGGGCACCCUUGAUGGUGUGGGUUAGACAAUUUGAUUUAAAUUAACGCUAGUCUAUUAUACUCAUGGUACUUAAUUACCGAUUAUUUAUUCGACAUUUUAAGCCACCAAGCCAGGAACUUUUUAAUCUUAAGUUUUCGAUUUUAACACCUAUGGAUCGUCAUUGUUAUUGUAUCAUAAAAAUAUGAUAGUUAUAAAUAACAAGCAAAUCCUGGUUCCAUUUAGAGAAUUUGCUAUAAAGUAAGCUGCCAUAUUAUGCAAUCAGCUAUCAACCAAUGAAAAAAACUGUCAGAUCGCCUAUGAAUGUAUAAGAACGUGUUUCCAUAAAAUACCUACUGACUGAAAGUUGGUCAUAUUUAUGACUGACUAAAAAUAUUUUUUAGGGAACGCCACGUAAUAGAAAAAGUAAUCGAAGUUUGUAUCACACAACACCAAAAGUCAAUUUAUGUUUUAAUUAUAAGAUAAUAUGUUUUUUCAAAAUUCGUCCCUAUUUUUUUAGUGUUAAGUGUAAGUAAAGCAUAUUUUUUUCAUAGUGUAACUAUUUUAUUAACUUAUGGAUGGAUUUAUGUAAAACAGAAUCAGCCAAAAUAACUUGAUAAAUUAAAUACUUGUGUAAAAUUGAUCGAAAAUAUCUACGUUUGAAUCAUUUUAAUUAUUAAGAUAAAUAUUGGAUUUGUUUUACAUAAUCAUAUCCAAAUGAUUAUCGUUGUUGUAAUCAACCGAUACCUCGGUGUACUUAUAUCUGUGAUUGUUUUUUUAUUCAUUUAUAAUGUUUUGUAUGUAAUCCAUUUAAUUUUUUAUUUUUAUUUUAUCGUUACGCGAUCAUGGAUCGCUUAGUUUGUGUUUAAAUUGACUGUGGUGGUGUGAUUCAACUGCUCCUCUUAGCUGUUCGUACUAAAGAACAAUGCUACGAAUUGUUGGGUCAUUUAGCUCAUAAUAAUAAUGUAGGGUUUCAUAGUAAAGGAGCUGGGGGAAAGAUUAAACGGAACUACAUAUUAUUGUAUGAUCAUGAAGACCUGAUAGAGGAAAUCUACUAAUGAAUAACAAGCAGUACUUAGUCUUUAUCUGUUGGCAAAAUAAACUCAUUAUUUUCCGCUCUGUUAUCUUUGGAUCUCUCUAACAAUCUCUUAAAAGUAAUUCUCUCCUCAUCAGUGGCAUUAUUAUCAUUUAAAUAAAAAUGUUUCCAAUUAAACCCAUACAUAACGACUAUGGGACUACGACAUGCCUAGUAAAUGAGUGAUCUAACUUUACUUUUUGUCGCAAUUUCCUUCAAACUGAAGUUAAAGUACCCCGCUCCUUUGCGACACACGGUGUGCUGUGCAUACCGCUUUUUAGAAUAAAUACGACAAUAUGAACGAUAUUUGCGCCUACAACAUUAGAAUGAUGUAACGCUGCUCACUCAGUAUUGUCUUUAUCAUUGUACUUAGCUGCAAUAGCCUCUGUGAUUUAUAGUGAGAUGAUACACUAGGUGCCAAGGGCAUAUAGUAUGUUCAUCGUUCAUGUUAUAAAAAUUAAGUCGUUUUUUCUUGAGUAGCCACAGAUUGAUAAUGAAUCGUAUAGCAACAUUUCACUGUUAAGUAAUAUAGUACUGAUUGUUUAAGUUAUUAAUUUGUUUUCAACUCUGGCAAUGUUAAAUUAUUAUGUCCAUUAAUUCUGAUAUUCAUUAAUUGAUCUGACACCUUACAAUGAUGAACGAAAAAACGGAUGGACUAUAUAAUUUUGUCGCCUAGUGACUUCUCACUGGAGUUAUUUAUUUAUUAUAAUCAUCUAAAACAUUUUCGUAGUUUGUAACUGUAAUUUAAUUAAAGUUACCAAAGUAUUGAUGUAAUUUUUGUUGAUAGUCGAAUGUAUCAGUUUGAAAUUAUUUUAAUUGUUAUUUUCUGUAUUUGCAAAAAUUUCAAGAAGUAUUUUUAUAUGAAACCAUAAUUUUAUAAUUUUUAUUGUGAUUCAUUGUCAUUUUAAUUUAUACAGAAAAUUAAUCUGUUGUAACAUCAACUAGUUGAGUUGUCUGUCUGUGUGUAGUUGAUGCGUGUAAUAUUUAAUCAAUUAGUAUGAUGUUGUGUUAUAACUUAUGAUUUAUCUAUCAAAUAUAGUGGCGACAAAUAGUAAAUUGACAAUACUAAAAUAAAUUGGUAUGGUGUAGUAA